UGAAGAUAUGAAAUGGCGCGAAAAGUUGAAUUGGGAAGAAAAGAAUUUUUAUUUCCGUCAAAGGAUCUGCUACAGCUUGAAGACAGUAACCACCUGCUGGAUAAUCCCGAGGGUCUCCGAAAAGAAAUUCAAGAAAAGGGAUAUCUUUUUAUACGGGGAUUUCAUGACAGAGAGGACGUUCUGCAAGCUCGGUUGUCAGUUCUGAACUAUGUUAAUGAGAAAGCGGAGUUUAAGCUUAUAUCCUCGCCCUCAGAGGGAGUGCUAGAUGAAAGGUGUGGCAGAGGGUGUAUUCCAGUUAUGGAGGGGAAGAACGACAUCACACACUGUCCGGAAGUUCUUAAUGUUCUGGAAGGAUACCGACCUAAACAGUUCUUUCAGCGUUUUCUAGGCGCUGAAGCCAGAACCUUUGAUUUUAAGUGGCUGAGGGGUAUCAAUCGAAAACAGUUCACUGGUGCUCAUGUAGACAAUGUCUACAUGGGGCGCGGAUCUAAGAAUUUGUACACGGUUUGGACACCUUUUGGAGAUACAACUGUGGAAAUGGGCACAUUGGCUGUGUGCGAGGGAUCCAAUUCUUUACCAGGUUUCAGAAAGCUUCAAGCUACGUAUGGUGAAUUGGAUAUCGAAAAAGAAAAUGUGGAAGGCACUGGCUGGUUUACGGAGGACCCAUCAGAAAUCACCUCCAAGUUUGGCGGACAAUGGAAGACGUCGGACUUCCAGGCGGGGGACGUUCUCAUCUUUACAAUGAGAACGAUACAUAUGUCCACUUCAAACCUCACCGACUUCAUUCGAAUAAGCUGUGACACAAGAUGGCAACCAGCAGAUGAAGAGGCGGAUCCCAGAUAUGUUGGCAACAUUGGGGCGGUGGCCCCGAAAUAUGGACUGUUUGGAAAGGAACGGGAAAAAGUGUUCACAGUAGAGGAUCUUAAAAAACAAUGGGGACUCUAAAUGCUGUGUUUAAAACUGCACAGGAAAUUUUAUUUAUGAACUGUGAACAUAUUUUUAAUUAUAGAUUCCGAUCUCUUUAAGUUAGUGCUUUAGCAUUGAUUUGUACGAAGAGGCAGAUAUCUAGCUACUACUAGUAUUAUAAAUUCAAGCUUAUAGUAUAUGAGACAUGAAUCCUUUUAACUUUUUAAAGCAUGAACUUUGGGAACAUUUUCUUUAUAUUUCAGUCUAUU